AUGAGCAAUCCUGAGGAAUUAACAAUAACAACUGUUGAUAAAUAUCCAUCAUCAUUAUCGUCUUCAUCAAGUGCAGAAGAUGAAAUUAUUUCUAAAAAUUCGUCAACAGAUAAAAGAUCUUCUAGUCAUCGUAAAAGAUAUUUAUCCUCGUGGGAAAAUGAUCCAGCAUCUUUCUAUUCAUCAUAUGUUUAUGAUUCUCUUGGUACAAAACAAAUAAAAUACUCAUGUUGGCUUUAUAAGAAGAGUAAUGAAAAUGAUGGUAGCGUCAUGCUAGGUUGUCGUUUAUGUGAACAGUAUCGUAUGAUAAAAAACAAAAAUGGCAAAGAGAACACUUGGGCUACAAAAGGAUUUAAUGUAUUAGCAUUGGACAAGAUCAAAGAGCAUCGCGUAAAUGAAAAACAUAAAGAAGCAGAAGAAUUAGAAUUACAGCGAACAUCAAUGAAUCAACCCGAUUGGAUUUCAACAAGAACAAUUAUUCUGUCGCGUCAGGAAGAAUCCAUUAAAAAUCUUAUGUAUUCUUGUAUUUAUUUAUGCCAAAGUGAUCAUCCACUCAAUAGCUUUAUACCACUUUGUGAUUUACUAGAAAAAACGGGUGUUAAAUUGUUACCAGCAGACGUCAAUGGUGUUAGUUAUCGAAACGAUUGUGCUGCAUUAUCCUUUCUUCAACAUAUAGCAAGUGUCUUACACCAAGAUUUGUUACAAAAGCUAAGCAAAAGUCCUGUACUAGGUUUUAUGAUGGACGAAUCGACUUCUCGUUCGAUUGAAAAGAAUUGCAUUGUAUACGUACGAUACUUAGAAGAUUUUGAACCACGUACAUCAUUUUAUGGGAUUGUGAAUAUGGAAGGAAACGGGUCAGCUGAUAACAUCGUAAAACGAAUAAAUAAAUUAUGGGAAAGGGAUGGUUUAAAAAAAUCAAAAAGUUGUUGGUUGGCUGCAGACAAUGCAAGCACAUUUACUGGUAUUCAUGAUGGUGUGGCUGCUAAGUUGAAAAAACAGUACGAUAUGCCAUGCUUAGAACUAAGCACUUGUGUAGCCCAUUCGUAUGCCCUUGUUGGUAAGCAAUCAGGUCAAUAUCUAGACGAUGAUGGAAAAAUAAAAAUCCGACCGUUCAUAGCUAAUUUCGAAAACUUGUUAGGUAAAAUAUAUAGUUUCUUUAGUCGCAGUACAAGUCGGCAACACAAGUUGAAACAAUGGUACAACUUUCUCACAAUGCCUGAACUAAAAUUCAAAAAAUUAUUUGACAUAAGAUGGUUAUCAAUACGGGAUUCUUUAAAGUCUAUUAUGAAUAAUAUGAAGCCAGGAAAUCAAGCACUUCUUGCUUUUUUGGAACAUACUUCAUAUGAUUUGGAUGUAACAAAGAGUGAACGUAACAAUGCAGCUGAAUUGCUAAUGGAAAUUUUAGAUGAUCGAUUUUUAUUUGUUCUCCAUUUUCAUUUCGAUCUACAUGAAUGUGUUUCCGGUGAGCUCACAAAAAUUAUGCAGAAAGAUGAUCUAUCCUACAAAGUGUUGAUGGAUAAAAUUGCUGAUAAAAAAGAGAUGCUGGUCACAUGGACGAAAGAAUCAAACGGCACAUAUCCAUGGGGGCCGUCUCUAGCAGAGUACAUUAAUUUGACCGACACAACUGAUGUAUUUGGUGCCUUCAAGAUCAGAUCGAAGGAAAGUCGUGAUGAUUUAAAAAAAGAAUGUUGUUUGCAUAUUGAGCGUUUACUUCAAGAAGUUGAACAACGAUUUCCAGUGUCUGAAUUGCAUCGAUGUUUAUCAUAUUUAUUUGAUCCUAUAAUGAUUGAAGAAAAUCAGUAUUUAUUGAAUGAUGCUACAUUUGGUCGUCGCGAACUGCAAUAUCUUCGUCGAAAAUAUGAAAAGCUAUCGGAUUUCGAUUCAAACAAUGUGCAAACGGAGUGGGAAUCGUUUAAAUCAUUGAUUAUUAAUUUUAUCGUGAUUAAAACAAGUAAUGAUUCACCUGCAUUAUUCUGGAAAAAGUUUAUUGCACUUAAAAGCACCACCAAUCAAUACUUUUUUGAACAAUACAAAAAUAUCUUGAUGCUGUUAAGUAUUUAUUUAAUUUUUCCUUUAAAUUCUACAGAAUGUGAGCGAGGCUAUAGUGCUGCCAAUCGAAUACAGACCAUAGCUCGUUCCAGAAUUACCAAUGAAACCUUGGAAUGUCUGUUGACUGUACGUCUUCUUCUAACUAAUGAUAUUCGAAGUAUACGAUGUCAUCAUAUUGUUGAAGAAGCAUUCAAGUCUUGGAAUAAUCCUGAAUCUAGUCGUCGAUUAAAUAGAAUGCAAUUAAUGAUUGAUGUUCCAGAUGAUUACGAACCAUCUCGACAAGUUCGUCCGAUGGUUAAAAAACGAAAACUACUAAACUGUGCAACAACUUAUUCUGGUAAUUCAAAUCGACCAAAGAAACCACGGGCUAACUCUAUCAAAUGCGCUAAUGGAUGUGGAAGAACAAUAUCAUCUGAUGAUCCAAUGCAAGUUAAUGCCAUCUUAUGUUGUCAUCAACAUGAAGAAUAUAACUGGGUGGACGAAGAAGAUUCAUGUCGUAGACGGUUAUGCAAUUUUUGCCGUAUAAAGUUAGCUGCUCCAACAGAAACUAGCGUAUGGUUUUGUGAAGAUCAUCGUGAUAUUCAUGAAGAAACAGAAGAAACUAUCAUUAGCUGA